GAGAGGAGGCGGGGCAUCAUGGCCGCCCCCAGUGCUCCGCUCCAGGGGCUUGUGGGAGAUGGAUUGACUGGCCCGAUCCGCCAGUGCGGACCCGCCCUCAGCCCUUGCCAGCGGAGUCUUGCGUUGACCUGGGCAAUUCUGCGAGGCGGCGGCCGCAGAGGGAGCCAUGGGGACGGUGCACGCCCGGAGUCUGGAGCCUCUUCCACCCGGUGGACCUGAUUUUGGAGGAUUAGGAGAAGAAGCUGAAUUUAUUGAAGUUGAACCUGAAACUAAACAAGAAAUUCUUGAAAACAAAGAUGUGGUUGUUCAACACAUUCAUUUUGAUGGACUUGGAAGGACAAAAGAUGAUAUCAUCAUGUAUGAAAUUGGAGAUGUUUUUAAGGCUAAAAAUCUCAUAGAGGUAAUGCGAAAGUCUCAUGAAGCCCGUGAGAAACUGCUUCGUCUAGGAAUAUUUAGACAAGUGGAUGUGCUGAUUGAUACAUGCCAAGGUGAUGAUGCACUUCCAAAUGGGUUAGACGUUACCUUUGAAGUAACUGAAUUAAGGAGAUUAACUGGCAGUUAUAACACCAUGGUUGGGAACAACGAAGGCAGUAUGGUGCUUGGCCUCAAACUCCCCAAUCUUAUGGGUCGUGCAGAAAAGGUGACUUUUCAGUUUUCAUAUGGAACAAAAGAAACUUCCUAUGGCCUGUCUUUCUUCAAACCACAGCCUGGAAACUUCGAAAAAAAUUUCUCCGUGAACUUGUAUAAAGUCACUGGACAGUUCCCCUGGAGUUGUCUGCGAGAGACAGACAGAGGAGUAUCCGCCGAAUACAGUUUUCCCAUCUGGAAGACCCAUCACACCGUCAAGUGGGAAGGUGUGUGGCGAGAGCUGGGCUGUUUGUCCAGGACGGCGUCCUUUGCCAUCCGCAAAGAAAGCGGGCACUCUCUGAAAUCCUCUCUCUCGCACGCAAUGGUCAUCGACUCUCGGAACUCCUCCAUCUUACCAAAGAAAGGAGCUUUGCUGAAAGUCAAUCAGGAACUGGCGGGCUACACCGGGGGUGAUGUGAGCUUCCUCAAAGAAGAUUUUGAGCUUCAGGUCAACAAACAACUCUUACUUGACUCAGUUAUUUCAGCAUCUCUCUGGGGUGGAAUGCUGGUGCCCAUUGGUGAUAAGCCCUCCAGUAUUGCAGACAGGUUUUACCUUGGGGGACCGACCAGUGUUCGGGGGUUCAGCAUGCACAGUGUUGGACCGCAGAGUGAAGGAGACUACCUGGGAGGAGAAGCCUACUGGGCGGGUGGCCUGCACCUCUACACCCCGUUGCCCUUCCGGCCAGGCCAGGGGGGCUUCGGAGAACUCUUCAGGACGCACUUUUUCCUCAACGCAGGCAACCUCUGCAACCUCAACUAUGGGGAAGGCCCCAAAGCUCAUCUUCGCAAGCUGGCUGAGUGCAUCCGCUGGUCAUACGGCGCUGGGAUUGUCCUCAGGCUUGGCAACAUCGCCCGGCUGGAACUCAACUACUGCAUCCCCAUGGGCGUGCAGCAAGGUGACAGGAUAUGUGAUGGUGUCCAGUUUGGAGCUGGGAUAAGAUUCCUGUAGCUGAUAAACACGCCCUCCAGCUCCUCCCAAGACACACCCAGACCCAGGGAAGCAGUGAUUCACAUGGUGCCACACUUCCUACACACACACACACACACACACACACACACACACACACACACACACACACACACACACACACACACCUACCUGACUGCAGUCCUUGUGGGAAACUGUGUCAAUAAAUCUUAUGUGGCAAACAUU